AUGUCUUUUUUGAAAGUGGAGAAGAUUAGAUAUUCCAAGAAGGGUAUUGCCUUUCAAAAUUCCAAGAAGCCAAAGACCGAUGGACAGUCAGUGGACAGUGCCUCCUCUUUACACAGCCUCUCCAGCUCCUCCUUCCCCUCCACUUCCGACGCGGAUUUGCACUCCUUGAACUCUUUAACUGCCCCCUUCGCCUCCUACCAACCCAUGAGCGGCGACGCAGCAAAGGCUUGUGGGUACGAGCAGUUCUCCCAGCCGCUCCACUCGGACUUCACUUUGAUCAAACCUGAAAAAUCGUCAAAACACCAACAGUUAGGAGCCAAUGGAACCACUUUUUCUAGACCGCAAAAGGUGUUGACACUUGAGAAGUACAGAGAGAAGCACGCGCCCGAACUAGCGCUGCAAAAUGGUUUAAAAAGUGAAACUGAAAUGUACCCCACCUUAUCACCCAUAGCAACAUCCCACCAUCACCACCAAAAGAAACGCUCGCAGGCGCACCCCAGUGGGCAAUCGGGAGAAGGCAGGUGGGAGAAAUCCAGCUCCAAAAAGCCCAAAAUCUCCCACAACUUCGCAGAAAACGGCUCGCCGUCAAACGAGGAGCUAAAAAUGCGAAUUAAAGUGUCUUCAGAGUCAAAGGAAAAACACAAAGAUCACCAUCGACAUUCGAAACAUUCACACCAAUACGAAGUGAACGGGAGAGGCGCCAUGGACACUUUAAUACGACCACAAGGGGCCGACGUGAGUGCCGUUUCCUCGAGGAAGAGGGCUCACGCUGACGGCGGUAACCGUAACAACCAUCACCACGCGUCGAAAAGCAGUCGGAGUUCAAAAGCGUCUAUAAAUUCCCAUUUUUCCGACGCAAAUCACGGACAUGACGGAACCAACGGACUUCUGCCUCCUAAUGGUCAACACACUGAUUACAAAAACACUUUCGAUAUGCUGGACUCUCUACUAAGUGCCCAAGGAAUGAACUUAUAACUCACAAAAACACAGUGUUGAUAAGAUUUUAAGGUAUUAUUGAUUUAUAGAAUUAAAGAGAUUUUUAUUUGUCUUAAGUUAUCUUGAAUUUCGUGUCAGUCGUGUCCACGCGCACUGAUUUUAAUUUGAAAAAGGUGAUUCUCGUUAAAAGCUGUCGAUAUAUGUAUAUGCAUAGAGCUGUGUAUUACUACUAGCUUGCAACACGAAAUUUAAAA